CAUGAUCAAUAAUGAUUAAAUUAUAUCGAUAUUAUGGAUUAACUAUAUUAUGUACAAAUACAAACAUGGCAAUAAAUGUCGAUGAGUCGUCAACUAUAAAGGAUAUCACGAAGCAUAACACUGUUUUUUGCUAUACAUACUAAGAAAUCAUUUACACUACAAGAUAUUGUUGCUAUAUUAUAACUGAAGAUCUUAUCUACUAUUAUUUUGUGUAUGAUAUGAGCAUACCAAAUAUGGAUAUAUAAUUAUGUAGCAUAAUAUUACAACUGUGUUAAACAUAACCUAAUAUGAUCCAAUUUAUGUAAACAUAACCUCUUCAUCCUAUCAAUUAUAUAUUCGAUAUAAAAACGUACGUGCAUAUAUGAAUAUGUCCAUUCGACAGACUUUAUCACGUUGUUAUUAAGUUAAUUAUCAAUAAUUAAGUAAUACGAAGUAUGGGACGUAGCCGUACACCUUCACCAAGAAGAAGAGAUCGGUCCCGAGAUCGUGAUCGAGAACGCGAACGAGAUAGAGAUCGAAGAAGAAGACGUUCUCGUGAAAGAAGAAGAAGAUCCGUUGAACGAGACCGAGUAAAGUCGAGGGAUAGAGAAAGAGAUCGUGAUCGUGAACGGGACAGACAUAGACGUUCAUAUAGCAGAUCUAGAUCAAGAGAAAGGGACAGACCUAAACCCAAAUUAAAACCCACAACAGAACGUCCUGUGAUUACAGAGGCUGAUCUUCAAGGAAAAACACCAGAGGAACAAGAAAUGAUGAGAAUAAUGGGCUUUUGUGGUUUUGACACUACUAAAGGCAAAAAAGUUGAAGGGAAUGAUGUAGGAGCCGUACAUGUUAUUCUUAAACGAAAGUAUAGACAAUACAUGAACAGAAAAGGAGGAUUCAAUAGACCAUUGGAUUUUGUAGCAUAAAAAUUAUAAAUGUGAUGAUUCCAUAAAAUUCUUUACAAUUGAUAGAGAUUCCUUAACCUGUGCAAGUUCUAUUGUUUUCAUAAAUCUAAUCAGAAUAAUAAGACGUACAAAUAGUACAAAAAAUAGUUUAUAUAAAUGAAAAUAUAAGUAGACAAAAUAAGUGAUAUAGGUUGACAAAAAUAGAUCCGUAAAAUUUUUCAUUUUAAAAUUUAUUAAACAAUUUUUAUAUAAAAAUACUUAAAAUACAAGCUUUUUUAUAACAAGAAAGUAUUAAAUAUUUUAAUUAAUAAUGUUUCAAUCAUCCACCCUGAGUCGUUUGCUUUGAGAUGUAUCAUCAUCACUAUUGCUGUCACAAUCAUUCAUAUUCGAUGUUUCACUCUCAGUGUUUUCUGGAGCUUGUGUAUUGAGCUAUAAAGUUUAGAGAUAUUCUAGAAUUAUUACAGUACGGAUAAUUUUGUGAAAAAUAAUGUACAAUGCAAUAUCUUUUCUUUUACUUACUAAACUGACAUCCAUUCCCUCAAGCCCCUCUAUCAGUUGUGGAUUUUUAAUUCUAAAAUCCCUUGUUAUACUUCGUUUCAAGUAAUUUUCUAGCGGUAUCUAGAUUUAUACGAAUUAAAAAUUAUGAAUAUAAAAAGGAACGAAGAACAAAAUAUUUAA